AAAGAGCAUGCUCCGCGAGUCAAUUGACGCGCAAGAGCGCAUUCGUGCGGUGGCUGCACGCGCGAAGUGAUUGACACAGCCACAGAACCGACACACAACGAAUCGCCAGCAAGCGAACCGGGAAAAUCGCAAUCUCCAUUGAGAGCCAUGCCUGCACCGCUGGCGGCCGCAGCGAUCCAGCUGCGGCCGCGCGAGACCACCUCGCUCCUAGGAAGCCCGGCGCAGUCGCCACGGGAAGGCGCCCUCUGGUCCCAGCGGACCCGAGUCUCGACGCGCCUCGCCGACGCCCUCGGCCUCAAAGACGCCGCUGAGGCUAGACUCGUCAGCCGAUUGAUACUGAUGGGCGCGCUGGCGAACAUCGCCUUCGUGUUUGGCAGGAACGCGGGGCCCGCGUUGUAUGUCAAUCAUCUCGGCAGCCGGCGACUGGCGAGAGCUAUGUUCCUGUCGGCCCUGUCCGUCUUCGCCGUCACGCCGCGCUUCUCGACCUACGCGCGGCCGCGGCGGGCCGUGCGCGUGUAUGCUUGCGUCCAGUUAUCGGGUGCGGUGCUCCUCGCGUGCUUGUGGGUUAUGCUGUCGUAUCUCGAGAGGCGCACCGCCGCCGCCGUGGACCUCACGACCCAGGUCCUCUACACGUUGUUCUUCGUGUGUGAAGAUCUGACGACGCUGCUGGUCAUGAUGCAGAACGCGGCGGUCGCGCAGGAAUUAUUUACCGCGACCGCGGCUCGUAGAGUUGUCGGUCUGGUACAGCUCGGAAGUAGCGUGGGCGCGGUCCUCGCGGGCCUGACGUGUGGCGGCCUCUCUCGCUACGCAGGCGCAAACUCACUAGUCUUAGCCCAAGUUGUCGCUCUACUACUAGGACUGCCCUCAACACGAUACGUGGCGCACGUGUCCCGCAGCGAAAAAAAGGCGGUGGUAGAAGACCGCUCCUCGCAAAAGUGGUGGACCGACGACCUGGUGCUCGGGCUCGGCCUGUACACGAUUUUGGUGAUAGCCGUCAAGACGACGCUGGAAUACUGCUAUACCUGUGUCGUGGCGGCGGACACGCGAAGUCCAGAAGCCAUGGUGACCGUCACGGGUUACUUGUAUGCCGCGGCCGGCGUGGCCGCAUCUGUUUUGAAUGCGGGCGGGACACGGCGACUCUUGAGGCGGUUCGGCCUGGCCGUGUCGGCGGGGUAUCCCCUCGGCGUCGCUUUGUUGUUGGGAAUCAUCUGCUUCAAGCGGGCCUCCGUCGAGACGCUGGCGGCGGCGCGCGCCUUUGAUUUGGCGGCGCGGUGGUCCGUGUCGAACACUUUUAAGUCGGUGGUUUGGAUCGCCGUGGACGUACCUGUUGCUAGAGCAGCCAGACCGUACGUGGAAAGUCUAGCAAAAAAGGCCACCGCAGCCGUGGUCGCUUUGAUACUUGGGUUUCUGACCCACCAAGGGUAUAGGAUCCCCCAAUUGGCGUCGUUAGCGUUGGUAUCUUGUGCCGUGUUAGCGCUUGUUGGUAUGCAAUUACGCUCUAGAUAUCUGGCGGCGAUGCGACGACGCGUCGCGCGGCGGUCCGUCGCUAGAUCGUCAACCACAUUCAUAGGCGGCAAGGCGCCGCUACCUCACGAGAAGCCCUGGGGCGACGUCGACGAAGAGGGUCAUUUAGUGUCUGUGGAAGCUGAUGUACGGGACGCCACCUCUGCGAACGACGGUCGUGAUCAAUUGGCGGAACUAGUGUUUGAACGGUUCCGGAGGGGCGGCGUCGGCGCGAAGUUAUUUUUACUGAGAGAGAUCGGAGCUGGGGCUGCUCUAAGGCCGAGAGAGGUGCGGGAGUUGUUUCUGGGGUUCGACUCGUGGGAGCCCUCCGUGCGUGUAGCAGCAUUGAGGGACGUCGUCGCGUCACUCGAGGACGACGACGACGACCAAGAGGGUGACGAAGAAGCGCCUUCCAUAAAAUGGGCCGAUGCACUUGUUUUAAGGGAACUGGAAAAGGGCGAUCCUCUGUUAAACGCCCAUGACGAGUCGCACAUCCUCGCGGCGGCGUGUCUGGCGGCCGCUCGUCGGAAUAUCCACGAGGCCACGCCCGCUCUCGAGAGAUUACUUGGUUCAGCACACCCCGCGCCGCGCGCGGCGGCGGCCGCGGCUCUACUUUCGUUAGGCUGGGGCAUUGGGAUGGGCCACGUGUCGUCGGGCGCCGCCAAGGUGCUGGAAUCGAUGCUGGGCGGCCAUUUGCAGGCCUCCAAAGCUCGAAGUUUGAGACAGCUCUCGAUGCGGCCUACACUCACCCAGGAUUCCUCUCGGUUAGCGUCUGCUGCUGCAUCUGCACAAGCUGCCUGGGACGAAGCUGUACAACAAGGCGACGAGGGCGCCGCCGUGGCCGCCGCGAUCAGAUUGACGGCGUGUCGGGUUGCCGCGCGAGGCGGUGAUGAAUCUAGAGUGGUCGAGCCCCAAUCGUUUUCAUUGGAUGCGAACGCCGCGGCGGCCGCUCUGCACGCUCUACGGGACGCGCCGUUUUUGGUUCCGGAUUCUGCAACCUGGCUCCGAUUGGCUGCUGCGGAAGACCCGCGCGUCAGUCGAGCUUUAUUAGCUCUGGCGCCGCCCGUCGCUCUAGGUGCGGAGCAACGCGCCCAUGCGUUGGCGAAGCUAGCGGGUGCUCGGCCCACGGCUCGACGGGCGGCUCGACUGCUCAGCGCCGACGCGUCUGUCGCGAAAGCAGCAACACCAAAACUCUUAGAAUUACUUACAGCGUCGAUCACGGAAGAUGGAGGCGACGCCGGCUGCUUGUUGGAUGCUCUUAGAAGCACGACGGAGCACCGAGGGAGAAACGACGCGUCCGCGAGAGCGUGGGCCUUGGCGGCAUCUACCGACGACGCCGUCUAUGAAGGCUGGCUCCUCGACUUUGUCAGGGACUGUCUGGAUGGCGGUGCGUCCACGCCAUCGCCGGACGCUAUUGAAAGUACAAUACGUCGAGAAGCGGCCGAGGCGAAUAAUGCCGCAGAAGCGCGGGCGCGGUUCCUGAAGCUGGGUCACGGUAGGUAUUCCGAUAGGAAUAUAGCGUUAGCCGUGUCGCGCUUGCGGGGAGAUGCCGUCGACGAUUUAGGCACGGCCGACGACGGCGUCGCGCUCGAACUAGGUGCAUGUGCGGCUGCGUACGCCGCCGAGAAGUUGUAUGGGAGGAGGCAGCAUCUCCUCGCGAGGUGUGCGUUGUUGGCGCGGCAUGGCUGGCGGCCCAGAGACGCGUGGAAGGUUUUGCGUGAUGACGACCCCAAGAGCGCCUCUGCUGUGUUAGAGUUAGUUGAGUCCGAUUUGCCGCCGGCCCUCAAGCCCUGCGUCCUCGGGGCGCUGUCGUCUACUAAAUGUAAAGCGGCUUCUGUCAGAAAAGCCGUCGGCUGGCUGGAGCAGCAGAACGAUGCGCUUGGGAACGAGCUCGCGAACGCGGUUGAUGCUUUAUGUAGUGGCCGCGCCGCGCCCAUAACCAAGGGCGCGUUGUUGCCGCGCGUGGCGCUGCUGAAGGGCUUCAAGCCGCUGGAGCACGCUUUACUAGCGCAGCACCUCGCGCCGCUCGCGUCGCUAUGUUCGUGGCGGAGGUACGCGAUUGGUGAUGAAGUCGAGCUGGCCUCGACGGAAAGCGCGGUCGUCGCGAAGGGUGCGGUCGCCGUGCCGGCGGCCGUGCUGGAGCGGGGCGGGUCGUUACAGCCGUGGCACGCCGUCGGUGGGGUCGCGGGCUGGGCGGCCAUCGCGCCGACCCAAGCGGUAGCCAUGCGUCCCGCCUCAAUCCUGGUGCUCGACGCCGACGCGUUGCGGCAGCGCAUCGACGCGUCGUCGCCGAAAUUCGUCUUUGCUGUCUUGAGGGCGUUGGUCGGCGCGCUGCCGGCUCCUCGACAGGCGGGCGGCGGCACGAUCAAGCGCAUGCAGUCCAUCCUCUCGGACGACGACGACAGCGACGAGGACGCCGCGUCGAGCGUCUUCGACUCGCGCGGCGCGCCGUCGCCUUUGGAGAAAGUAUUACUAUUGAGGGACACGAAGAUGCUCCGAUUCGUUCCGGCGCGCUUUUUGCCGUUGCUCGCGGACGUGGCCGAGGUCGAAGUGCUCCAACCGAAGAGGAAGAUCGCGACGCGCGGUGCGGCGACGGACGCCUCUCUGAGAAUUCUGGCGGACGGUGCUGUCGUACUAGAUUCGGGCGGCGGGAAUCGAGUUCUGUUAGAUGGGCCGGCGGCAAGCUUUGGCAACACGGGUCUCUUGGCUGAUAACGUUUGGCCCUACGACGCCAGAGCUGGAAACGAUGGCGCCGUGCUACUUGUCUUGCGGCGUACUCGUUUACAUGACGCGCUGCGGGGGCGACGCGACCUCGCGGCGGCCGUCGCGCGGGGCUUCCUCCAGACCUACGGGCGGCGCGCGCUGGCCGCGUUCGGCAAGGCUCAGAGCAAGUCGAACGGCUCCCCGAUCUCGCCGCACGGGCGGUCGCGGGCCGCCCGCGCCGACUACGUCGCGCCCGGGUCUCAGAGUCCCGGCGCGGCGGCGCCGCUCGAGGUGUCCUUCGGGAUGAAGGCGCCGAAUUUGCCGCGGCUCGUGUGAUGAUGUGUUGUGUGAGUAAGUGGGUUUGUCUUAGA